AUGUUGAUAGAUUCGGGUACGUUUCUUCUAGCUAUUGCGGGAUCACUCGCUGGAGUGCGCACACGCAACACGGGACACUCGGGCACACUGAUCGCGCGCUCUCCAGAACCCCCCCUUAUAACAGCGACGCGUCCCGCGCUCACGUCUACACAAACAAUGGUAACGAUGCUUCGACGGUCGUCUCCUGUAACACCACGUACAUUACCCUCUAAGAUCGAGUUCACAGAUAAUGUUGCAAGGUGGAUGGGCAAUGGUGAUACAACGUAUUUCGGGCUCGUUCCACCGGUGACGCAGUACGCGACGCGGACAUCCGGCGACGGACGGACGCUCGGCGCCCGCGCAACCGCGCUUCACGACACGGGAGUUAUCUCGGUAAAUCGUACCGCAGGCGCACUA